CAACGCUGCACGCGAUCCUGCAGCAUGAGCUCGCGCUCAUAAGUAUCCCCAGCGAAGCUCCGCCCGAUCCCUGAUCUCGGGCGCACGCGAACACUUUCCAGAAUUUCUCCAGCAUUCAUGGAGUGACACGCAAGUAUAUCAAGAGCAACACGCCAAGACCAAGACCAUUCAUCCUCACGCCCAUUCACAACAACGACGACCUCGAGAAGAAAUAAGACCGCGCCACAAACAUGAAACUGAAAAACCCCCUCCAACCCCUCCGCGCGCGAAUCUCCCGCAUCCCAUCCAACCCCCUAAAAUGGCCCUCUGCCCUCGGCCACCACAUGACAAAACCCAACCCCAAAACAGAAGACGGCCGCGACCAAUGGCAAUCCCGCACAUCCUACGUCCUCGCCUCCAUGGGCGGAGCCAUAGGCUUCGGCAACCUCCUCCGUUUCCCCUCCCAAGUCUUCAAUAACAACGGUCUCCAGUGGUUCAUCCCCUACUUCCUCGCCCUCGGAGCGCUCGCCAUCCCGGUUCUAAUCCUCGAAGUCGCACUCGGAUCUUCUCUCCGCGGCGGACCAGUUUUGGCGUAUAAUGCAGUAGACAAGCGAGCCCGAGGAGCAGGUCUGGGAAAUGUCUGGGUAACAUUGUUGGUCGUAUUAUAUUACGUCCCGAUGUUAUCCUGGGUUUUGAGAUUUUUCCGCGGAAGUUUCGAGAGUCCUUUGCCGUGGGAGGGAAGGUUACAGGAAUUUUAUGAUGUGGAUGUUCUCGGACGAGUUGAUGCUGUUCCGCCUCUUGCGGAAGCCUUGGAGACGAAUACCAUCAUGUCGUAUCCUGGAAUGGCCAUGAUUGGGGAACAAGUUGGCUGGAAUGCUUUUUCGUGGUUUGUGGUUUGGAUUUGUAUUUAUGGCGGGACGAGGGUUACGGGGAAGGUUGUUUAUGUUACUAUGGGGUUGCCGAUUAUUAUGGUUUUGGUACUGAUUAUUCGGGGUGCGACGCUUCCUGGAGCGAUUGAUGGGAUAAGAUUAUAUGUGGGCGAGUUCAAUGGGGGGCAACUUGCUGCGGGACAGAUUUGGCAGGAUGCGCUGGGACAGGUGUUUUAUUCCACGGGAGUCGGUUUUGGGUAUUAUACGGCUUACGCGUCGUAUAAUGCGAACAACGCCAAUGCUGUGCAGGAUGCGAUUCUGAUAUGCUGUUGCAAUUCGCUGUUUGAGAUUUCGUGCGGAUUUGCGGUGUUUACGAUUGUGGGAUUCAUGGGCUUGACUCCAGAGGUUCAAGGAAGAGUUGGGAGUUUCGUUCUUGGAUUCAUCACGCUGCCGGAGGGAUUGGCACAACUUCCAGCAGCGCAAUUCUGGUCUGCGGUAUUCUUCUUCACGCUUUUCCUCCUGGCAGUCAGCUCGGCUUUCGUUCAACUGGAUACUGUAGUUUCGAUUCUCUGCGACACGGACCGUGGGAGAAAGAUGCCGCGGGUGUACGUCGUGACGGCCUGUACCCUCACCGCAUUCCUGGUCUCGAUGAUCUAUAACACCCAAUUCGGACCCCAGCUGCUGGAUGCGAUCGACAUGAACACGAACAACAUCGUCCUUCCAUUCGUCGUCUUUGCAGAAUGCUAUGGAGCGACUGUCGUCUAUCGCAGCCAGGAUGUCAUCGGACAAGUUGGUCUCAUAUCAUUCGUCAUCCACCAAGUCGGUUUCCUCGGCGGACAUUUCCUCGGUCUCAUCAUCGCUCAUAUGGUCAGUAUUCCAGGUGGCGCAGGAGCAGGUUUCGGAUUCUUCUUCCUAAUGGUCAUAAUUUCCUCUCUCAUCGGCAAAGUCCCUGACUCCAGACCACCCGGAUUCUGGGGUCGCAACGCUUUUCUAGCCCGACUUUGGUGGUUAGCCUUCUACUCCGGCAACCAGCUAAAACGCGACCUCAACAUCUCCGUCGCCCAAGGCAAAAACUGGCCUCUAACCUGGUACUGGGCCAUCUGCCUCCGCUACAUCUCCAUGCCGAUCCUCGCAAUCGUCUUCUCAUUCAGCUAUCCCUCCUUCUCCGCCCAGCGCGUCGACCCACUCGUGAUUUUCGCCUUCGCAAUCUCUCACUUUGCGAUCUUGACCGUCGCCAGCACACUCAUUUUCCCUCGAUGGAUGGAUCCUCUGAUUCCGACGGAGAGACGGGAAGAGAGCAACAGAGGCUAUGCACCACAAGUUCUGAUCGGAGCGGAUGAUGUGAGAGUUUCGCAGGGUGUAGAAGCUGGGAGAGCGACGGAUAGUAGUGAUGAGUUUGAGGAGGGGAGGAAAGUGAAGGAGGAGGGAGGUUUGGAUGUGGAGAGGACGAAUUCGAAUGAUGGGAGGAUUGCUUCGCAGCCGACGGAUGGGAUUGAGGCGCUUUAUAGGGAGGAUGGAAAGAAUGUGGUUAGGUAG